UUCGUAUGGACGUUAUCACGAUAAUUGAUAAACGUGGUUCGUGACUUGUUGGCAACACUGCUUACCACUGUUUAUCCGGGCACUCGCGUAUGCCGUGUGUCUUUCUUGAACUCUUUACGUCAAUAUCAACUAGAACGAGUCUGUGAAAAUUCAAAAUGGGUAUCGAUAUCGAUCACAGGCGCGGGCAUAAGGCCAAACGGACUGCACCCAAGUCCAAAGAUGUGUAUUUGUUACUGUUGGUUAAGUUAUACCGUUUCUUGGCUCGCCGUACCCGUUCCCAUUUCAACAAAGUCGUAUUGAGACGUUUGUUCAUGUCUCGCAUCAACCGUCCUCCGAUAUCAUUGAGCGCAGUCUCAAAGUACAUGACCAAGAUUGCCGAUGAAAAGCGUAUUGCAGUAGUCGUUGGCACUGUUGUCGAUGACAAGAGAUUGUUCAAAGUGCCCAAGCUCACAGUUUGUGCAUUGCGUGUGACUUCAGGAGCCAGAGCUCGCAUCUUAAAAGCUGGUGGAGAAAUUCUUACAUUUGAUCAAUUAGCAUUGAAAGCACCGACUGGCAAGAAUACUGUUUUAUUGCAAGGCAAACGUAAAUCGCGUGAAUCGUGCAGACACUUUGGACCAGCUCCAGGUGUACCUCACAGCCACACUAAACCAUAUGUUCGCUCCAAGGGACGCAAGUUUGAACGGGCUCGUGGUAGAAGACGUGGAUGUGGUUUCAAGAAAUAAUCAUCCUUGCUUUUUACUUAUAAUAAAUCUUUUAUUAUAUAUUUUGUGAAAAUAAAGGGACUGUUGUUGUCGACAAAUACACUUGAAA